AUGGUACGGACGCGAUCCCGACAAACUGAUCAGGGUGGAGAUGAAUCCACAAACCCACCUAAUCAACCACCGAAUCCUCUGCAGGUUAACCAGGAGACUUUAUUGCAACAGUUAAGGGAAGUGGUAGUUACGGUGGUAGAUGAGAGAGUAAGAAAGAUGGAGGAAGAUUUAAGAGUCAAGAAAGCUGUGGAAGAAUUUGAAGGGAAUGGGCUUCCUGGACCGUCGGUGGGAAAUUCUGUCACCCACAGGGGUUCUAUUGAAGGAACCAGAGAAGAGAGUAGUUCACAAAGGCGACCAGGAAAAGAAGAAGCGGUGAACCUUAAAAGCGUAUGGAAGGACAUAGAGCGGCAUCAUCCAAAAACGUUUGAUGAGGGUAUGGAUCCUGACAAAGCUGAGGCUUGGAUAGACGACAUGGAGACAAUAUUUAAAGCUUGUGGCUGUAAUACCUACCAAAAGGUACAAGCAGCGGUAGUUUUACUGAGGGAUCGAGCUAAGAGGUGGUGGAGGAGCGUAAGCGGCAUAGAUGACUCGGGGAUUACUUGGAACGAAUUCAAACAGAUGUUUUUUGAUCACUACUUCCCCCUAGCCAUGAGACAAGAAAAAGAAACAGCUUUUUAUGCUCUUCGACAAGAGAACAUGCAUGAGGAUGAGUUUAUUGCCAAGUAUAUUGACCUCUCUAAGCAUGUUACCUAUCUGCAGCAUAAUGAUAACCCAGAGUGGAUGGCCCGACAAUUGAUAGAACGGGCGAGGCCAGAGUUGAAGCAGCAAAUGGCCUUAUAUGAGUUUAAGAGUUUCGAGGAUGCUUGCACGAAACUCAGGAUGACAGCUCGCAGAACCCGAGAGGUAGAGGAGAGCCGACGUCGGGAUAACCAGGGCAGAUUCUCCAGUUUUAUGAGGCCAAUGGGAGGAAUCAAUAAAAAGAAUAGCUAUAGUUAUGGGAGCUCGGGUAACUCAAGCAGAGGCAAGAACCAGAAUCAGAAGGAUUUAGCCCGUAGAGGCUAUAUGCAGAGGAGACAGGCUCAGGGGAGCCGUAUGGGAGGAAAUCAGAGCUUUUACCGUGAGCCUACCAGAUCCACACCGAGUGUUGGCGAUCCUUGCUCGAGAUGUGGGAAGAAUCAUCCAGGACAAUGUUUGGAAUGCUACAGAUGCCAUAAGUUUGGACAUAUAGCUCGCAAUUGCCCAGAAACACAGCAGCAAACUCCUAGUUUCAGAUCCACAGUGCCCGGGAGAGUUUUUGCUUUGACUAGAGAGGAAGCUGGUAUGUCUCCUAAUCUGAUUAGAGGUACUGUCUCUCUUCAAGGACAUGAUAUACCUGGUAUUGAUGUGAUUAUUGGUAUGGAUUGGCUAUCAGCAAAUAAUGCCAUUCUGGAUUGUAAAAGGAAGAUAGUAACUCUUCCUUUGUGCACUACGAUAGUUGAGGCUAUUAAUGGUCGUUUGUGGUUAUCUGCUACUCAAGCGACUAAGUGUAUUGAGAAGGGUUGUCAGGCGUAUGCUGUUUUCUUUUCCGUUAGUACGGAUAAAGAAGUUGGUAUAGACCAAAUCGAGGUAGUAAAGGAGUUUCCUGAGGUGUUUCCUGAGGAAGUGUCCGGUUUACCUCCUGAAAGGGAAGUUGAAUUCUCCAUUGAGCUAGUACCAGGAACAGCUCCAAUUUCUAAAGCACCGUACAGAAUGUCACCUUCUGAAUUAGCAGAGCUGAAAAAGCAAAUCGAAGAGAUUGAUGACUUGCUAGAUCAAUUAAUGGGGUCAGCGGUGUUUUCUAAGAUUGACUUAAGGUCGGGAUAUCAUCAAUUAAGAGUUAGAGCAGAGGACAUCCCGAAGACGGCCUUUCGUACGAGAUACGGACAUUACGAGUUCCUAGUAAUGCCUUUUGGUUUGACGAAUGCUCCAGCGGUGUUUAUGGACUAUAUGAACCGGAUCUUUAGGCCGUACUUGGAUAAGUUUAUUGUGGUGUUUAUAGAUGAUAUCCUAAUAUACUCCAAGAAUGAGGAAGAACACCGAGAGCAUCUUUACAUUGCAUUGCGAAUAUUGAGGGAUCAUCAGUUAUAUGCUAAGUUAAGCAAGUGCGAGUUUUGGCUUAGAGAAGUGAAGUUCUUAGGCCAUGUAGUAUCCGCAGAGGGAGUAGCUGUUGAUCCUAGCAAGGUCGAUGCUGUGUUGAAAUGGGAAACACCAAAAUCUGUGACGAAGGUACGAAGUUUUGUGGGCUUAGCUGGGUAUUACCGAAGAUUCAUCAAGGGAUUUUCUCAGAUUGCCAUGCCUCUAACUAAGUUGACCAAGAAAGACCAAUCAUUUAUUUGGAGCGAAAAGUGUGAGGCAGCUUUUCAAGAACUGAAGGCUAAGUUGACCACGGCUCCAGUGUUGACUAUUCCAGAUCCUAGUAAACCAUACACCCUUUACACUGAUGCUUCACUUAAGGGUUUAGGGUGUGUCCUGAUGCAGGAAGGAAAGGUGGUUGCCUAUGCAUCUAGGCAAUUAAGGCCACAUGAGGAAAAUUAUCCUACACAUGACCUGGAAUUAGCGGCAGUGAUUUGGAGGCACUACUUAUAUGGAUCACAGUUUGAAGUCUUCAGCGAUCACAAGAGUUUGAAGUAUUUAAUAGAUCAGAAGGAACUGAAUAAUAGACAACGUCGGUGGAUGGAAUUCAUCAAGGACUAUGACUUUGAACUUAAGUAUCAUCCAGGUAAAGCCAAUGUGGUUGCAGACGCUUUGAGUAGGAAAACGGUGCAUGUGUUUCACAUGAGUUUGGAGGAACACUACUGCUUAGAGAGAUUGAGAGAUCUCCAAGUGGUGCAUGAGGCUCCAGCCACUCUACAAUCAAUUUUGGGUGAUUAUGAGUUUUUUCGAGACUUGAAGGCUGCACAGAUGGAGGAUGAACGGUUAUUGAGCAUCCGAGAGGAAGUGGAGACCCAUGGUGUGCCUGAUUAUGAAAUUGGUGAAGAAGGAAUCCUGAGUAUUUCUAUGGAUUUCAUUACUGGUAUGCCAAGAACCCCGGCUGGCUAUGAUGCGAUAUGGGUAAUUGUAGAUAGAUUGACUAAGUCAGCGCACUUCCUGCCUAUCAAGAGUACUUACUCGUUAGAACGAUUGACAAAGCUGUAUAUAGAUGAGAUUGUUCGACUUCAUGGAGUGCCGGAGUCUAUCAUUUCAGAUAGGGACCCGAGGUUUACAUCGAACUUCUGGCAGUCAUUACAUGAAGCCAUGGGCACUAAGCUCAAGUUUAGUACUGCUUAUCAUCCUCAGACUGAUGGACAGACUGAGAGGACGAUUCAGACUCUCGAGGACAUGUUGAGGGCCUACGCUAUAGAGCUAAAGGGUAGUUGGGACACUCACUUGUCAUUAGCUGAGUUUGCCUAUAACAACAGCUAUCACGCUAGUAUUCAAAUGGCACCAUAUGAAGCUUUAUCCAUUAAAGCCAAGAAGCUUACACCCCGAUUUAUGGGUCCUUAUGAGAUUUUAGAGCGGAUUGGACCUGUUGCAUAUCGAAUUGCGCUGCCGCCACAUCUUUCCAGUUUACACGACGUGUUUCACGUGUCACAGUUGAAAAAGUAUCAUCCCGAUCCAUCUCAUGUUAUUGAACCCGAAGAAGUUGAGUUGCGAGAUAAUUUGACCUAUUCAGCAGAACCAGAGCGGAUUUUGGACGUUAAGGACAAACAAUUGAGGAAUAAAACUAUCCGUCUUGUUAAAGUCUUUUGGAAGGGCAUGAGUCCCGGUGAUGCUACUUGGGAGACAGAGGAACGGAUGCGUUACGAGUACCCUUACCUGUUUUCUUAG